AUGGCUUCGGCGCGUAACGCAACAGCAGCCGCAGCCGAAUCUGCAUCACAAGCCACUGCAACGACAUGGGAGCGGUUAACGAGCUGGUACGGCGAGAACAAGGUCGUCGCGUGGACCAUUGCCGGUGUCACAGUGGUCGCGGCCGGCGGUACAAUCUACUACCUUUCACAACCUCCCCCUCAGGCCUCAGACAAGACUUCGAAGAAGGACAGGCGGAAAGCUAAGAAGAAGGAUGGCGAGAAGGCGGCAGAAGAGGGCAAGGUGGAGCCUAAGACGGAUGCGAAAGCAGCUCCCAAAGCACCCUCAGUCGAGGCCGAGCCAGAAGAGCUGCCGCAUGUGACAGAGGAUUCCGUCGCGCAGCUGUCUGAGCAACAGCGGAAGGACUACGCUGCGAAGCUGAAGGCGGCGGGCAACAAGGCGUAUGGCUCGAAAGAUUACAACCGCGCCAUUGAGCUUUACGGCCAAGCCAUCCUCUGCAAGGCUGAUCCCGUUUUCUACUCCAACCGCGCCGCCUGCUGGAACGCCAUGAGCAACUGGUCAAAGGUCAUUGAGGACACUACUGCCGCUAUCAACCUGGACAGCGAGUAUGUGAAGGCCCUGAACCGGAGAGCGAACGCAUACGAGCAAGAGUCUCGUUUCAGCGAAGCAUUGCUCGAUUACACUGCUAGCUGCAUCAUCGACCAAUUCCGCAACGAGAACUCUGCGCAGGCUGUGGAGAGGCUGCUGAAGAAGGUUGCCGAGACAAAGGCGAAGAGCAUCAUGGAGGGCAAGGAGAAGAGGCUCCCGUCGCCGACCUUUGUCUCCAACUACCUGCAGUCCUUCCGUGCCAAGCCGCUUCCGGAGGGUCUUGAGGAGACGGCAGAUCUGGAGGAUGGCAGCGGCAAAUGGUACAUGCGCAAGGGCCUGCAAGCCAUCCAGACCAGGACCGGCGAGGGCUAUGCCGAGGCGGCGCAGAGCUUCGAUAAGGCCAUUGAGGUCAACAACUUGGACAAGCACGAAGCCUUUGCCUACAACAUGCGUGGCACCUUCCGAUACCUCAAGGGUGAAAAUGAGCUGGCGCUGGAGGAUUUGAACAAGUCGCUUGAGAUCGAUCCAAGCUUGGUCCAGAGCUACGUGAAGCGCGCCAGCAUGCAUCUUGAGCAGAGUAGGUUCUCGUUCCGCUCGACUCUUGCGUCUGAGCUUGAUGCAGAUGACGGUACUGACAAUUCAUUCUCAGGCAAACGCGACGAGGCCGCCCGCGACUUCGAACUCGCAACUACCCACAACGCCGAAGACCCAGAUAUCUUCUACCACCGCGCCCAGCUUCACUUCAUCCUCUCCGAAUUCUCAAACGCCGCAACCGACUACCAGAAAUCGAUCGACCUCGACUCCAAGUUCAUCUUCUCGCACAUUCAGCUUGGCGUGACGCAGUACAAGAUGGGCUCGAUCGCUUCCUCGAUGGCCACCUUUAGGAGAUGUAUUAAAAAUUUCGGUGACAAGAGCGACGUGUACAACUACUAUGGCGAGCUGUUGCUGGACCAGCAAAAGUAUCAGGAGGCUGUGGAGAAGUUCGAGACGGCUGUGGAGAUGGAGCGGAAGACUGUUGGUGAGAGGGGAGGUGGGAUGAAUGUGCUGCCGCUCAUCAACAAGGCGUUGGCUUUGUUCCAGUGGAAGCAGGACUUCAGUGCUGCGGAGGAGUUGUGUCAGAAGGCUUUGAUUAUUGACCCUGAAUGCGACAUCGCCGUUGCAACCAUGGCCCAGCUUCUCCUCCAGCAAGGCAAAGUCACAGAAGCUCUGCAGUACUUCGAGCGCGCCGCCGAGCUCUCCCGAACCGAAGGCGAGAUCGUUAACGCACUAUCGUACGCCGAGGCUACCCGGACGCAAUUGGAGGUGCAAGACAAGUACCCACAACUUGCCAGCCGACUGCAGGGUAUGGGCGCUGGUAUGGGAGGACCACCGCCAGGGGUCAGAUAG